AUGUUGCGGGGGAUUUGCAUGACAAGUGCAUGCUUCAUGAUGACAAUUCACCAUCUGUUGAAGAACCCUUACAAAGUUCCCUUGGCUAAUAAAGCAGAAACAUUGUCGCUAACUGUUUUGACACUCAUUACAGCAAUCAAUCUGCCAAAAGCAACCCUCUUCUCGUUUGGGAUAGAAAAGAGUACCGAUUCGUUGGAAACGAUGAAGUGGAUCAAGGUAGGCGCCUUAGCCUUUAUCCCAGCGAUGGUGUGUCUCCUGGUAAUUAUCGCGUCGCUGUCCCAGCUAACUAGACUUGGAGUGGUUUUAUUCAAGUAUAUUCGCCGUUUGUGUCAGUAUCGUGCCUCUAAUUUGACGGUAGACGAAAGCAGGCCACUUCUGGUUACAAGCGAUUAA